GGGGGCGCAGGCUGGUCUCUCUCGCUUUGGGCGCGAGUCUGCGGGGAGGCUCCGCGGAGUGUCCUGCGGCCCUUGUUCAGGCCUCAGCUUAAUUCUGGGCGGCUGGUCCUUGUCACACCCUUGUGGAGCUCAGCUAGGGCGAGGGCUCUGGGCCAAGCUUGCUCCCAGCAGGAGAAUGUGGGAGGCCCCGCGUCCUCCUUGGGGCGCUCCUCCUCAGGGCCCCGUCUCCUCCUGGCGUUGACCCUGGCCCGGCUCUGCCUGCUUCACUCACCCACCCACCCACGACCAUUGGGGAGGUGGGGCAAGCCGGGGCGGCGGGGCGAGGCUGCUCAACAAGCAUGAGUGCGGGGCCUGAGUGUGAAACCCCCAGGAAAAGACUUAGGUUGGACCCCUUCCUUUCCUCCUCCUCCUCCUCCUCCUCCUCCACAAAUACCGCCACUGCCAAUAGUAGUAGCUCAGAGGAAGGACAGGCCCCUUCCCUGAAGAGGAAAGUGACACUGCAGCAUCAGCAGCAUCAGGAGCCUCCUCUUCCUCUUCCUCCUCCCCCCGCCAGCAGCGAGCCAAGGCCCGGAAGCAGCAGCAGCAGCAGCAGAGGCAUCCCUACAGUCACGGUGGGGAACAAAGUUUACAAACAAAGGAGGAUUACCUCUUGGAUGGAGAAUAAAGGACCCAAAACAGUGGAGUCAAAAAGCUUGCAAAACAAAACUAGCAGCACAGAGGCAGAGCCCAAAAUGACAUUUGUUAAGAAAGAUAAUGUUUUUGAACAUGAUACGGAAAAGGAUGAUGCUCUUGAGCAGCGCUGUUCAAGAUUAUCUGUGGAAAUGAGCACCAAGCAUGCAGCUUUGUCUCAGACUGGCACCCUGCAUAAAUGGGAAGCUGAAGGGAUAUGUAGGGAUCAGCUUUCAGAAGCAGAAUCUGUGAAAGUAACCCAGACAGGAGACCAGCUGAAAAAUGCUAAUAUUAAUCAAAUGCACAAAACUGGCAGUCAGACUCAUCGGGGCUGCAAUGAAAACCGGGAAAACUGUACUCAUAGCAAGCUUUCAUCCGGCAGCCCUGUGAAGGUGGCAAUGAUAAAACACCCCUCAAAAGAGUGUGAUACAGAAAGGCAAGUGACUUUACGGAAUCCACAGUCAUCUAAGAACUGCAACUCUGAGCAUCUAACCUGUGUAAAUGCUGAGUUAGAUGAGGUGGACGUGGUGCCCGAGAGCCCACUUUCAGAUGCAGGCUGUGAUGCUUGUUCGUCUGAUUUGUAUGGUUCUCUAAACAGAGAUCAAGAAUGCUUGGGGGAUUCUCCUUCUUUUGAGAAAGAGAGUGAACCUGAGUCACCAAUGGAUGUAGAUAAUUCCAAAAACAGCUGUCAGGGCUCAGAGGCUGAUGAAGAAACCAGUCCACUUCUCGAGGAACAAGAAGAUAUUGACAUGUCAAAAGCACCAACCAAAUCCUCACCAUUUCAAAGAACAGAUUCUGAUUUGGAUUCAGGAAAAUCACAGUUUCCUUCCCGGAGAGGUGAAGGUACUCGAUUUAGCCUCCACUUGGAUGGGAUGGAUAAUCCGCUCAAAGAGGGUGAAACGCACACUGAGUCAUCCGGGAACUUGCCUGUGUCAUCAGAAAGCAAAGGUGCCAAACAUUGUGGCAGGAAGGACUCUAAAAUUACUGCCCAUUUCAUGAGGGUUCCCAGAACAGAAGAGAAAAGGAAUGAACAGUGUGAAUUAAAGCCCCAUCGACAUGGAAGGAAGAAUUCUAAAUAUACCCCUCCUCCACUUCCAACUAAUAAAAAGUGGUUUGGGACGCCUAUUGAAGAGAUGAGAAGAAUGCCAAUGUGUGGGAUACGUCUUCCUCAUUUGAGACCUUCUGCAAAUCAUACAGUGACAAUCAGAGUAGAUCUUCUGAAGGAAGGAGAAGUGCCUAAACCUUUCCCAACACAUUACAAAGAUUUGUGGGACAAUAAACAUGUUAAAAUGCCUUGUUCAGAACAAAAUUUAUAUCCUGUAGAAGAUGAGAAUGGUGACAGAACUGCUGGGAGCCGAUGGGAAUUAAUCCAGACUUCACUGCUUAAGAAAUUUACCAGCUCCCGUGAUUUGAAGGAGGCUAUCCUCAGAUACAAUGUUGCAUAUGCCAAGAAAUGGGACUUCACAGCCCUCACUGACUUCUGCGACAAGGUGCUUGAAGACGCAGAGGCUCAGCACCUGUUUCAGUCCAUUUUGCCUGAUAUGGUGAAACUUGCGCUCUGUCUGCCUAGCAUCUGCACCCAGCCAAUACCUCUACUGAAACAAAAAAUGAACCACUCCAUCACAAUGUCACAGGAGCAGACUGCUAGUUUACUAGCAAAUGCCUUCUUCUGCACUUUUCCCCGGCGAAAUGCCAAGAUGAAAUCAGAAUAUUCAAGCUAUCCAGAUAUUAACUUCAACAGGUUGUUUGAAGGCCGUUCACCAAGGAAACCUGAGAAACUGAAAACCCUUUUCUGUUACUUCAGAAGAGUCACAGAGAAAAAACCCACUGGACUGGUGACAUUUACAAGACAGUGUCUACAGGAAUUUCCAGAUUGGGAAAGAACUCAGAAAAAAAUGUCCAGACUGCAUGUCACAUACGAAGGUACUAUUGAGAGCAAUGGCCAUGGGAUGCUACAGGUUGAUUUUGCUAAUCGCUUUGUUGGAGGCGGCGUCACUGGUGCAGGACUAGUACAAGAAGAAAUUCGCUUCUUAAUCAAUCCAGAACUGAUUGUAUCUCGUCUUAUUACUGAAGUCCUGGAUCACAAUGAAUGUCUAAUUAUCACAGGUGCAGAGCAAUAUAGUGAAUAUACUGGCUAUGCAGAAACAUAUCGGUGGGCCAGGAGCCAUGAAGAUGAAACACCCAGGGAUGAAUGGCAGAGGCGCUGCACGGAAAUUGUGGCCAUAGAUGCAUUUCAUUUCAGACGUUUCCUUGAUCAGUUUGCUCCUGAGAAAAUUAGAAGAGAGCUCAACAAGGCUUACUGUGGUUUCUCUCGACCUGGUGUCCCACCGCAUCACCUUUCAGCAGUAGCUACAGGAAACUGGGGAUGUGGUGCCUUUGGAGGCGAUUCAAGAUUGAAAGCCCUAAUACAAAUCUUGGCAGCUGCAGAGGCUGGGCGAGAUGUUGUUUAUUUCACCUUUGGAGAUGCUGAGCUGAUGAGAGACAUUUACAGCAUGCACACUUUCCUAAUUGAGAAAGGACAAACCGUUGGAGAUGUUUACAGGCUGUUGCUCAGAUAUUACAAUGAGGAAUGCAGGUGUUGCUCUACUCCAAGACCAGAAGUCAAACUCUACCCUUUCAUAUACAGUACAGUAGAAUCCUAUGCAGAUUCCACUGAUGACGAGAGAGGAAUAUGUUUCGAUGACUAGAAUGAAAAUUUGCAGAGUGAAUAUCCUUCUUUUCUUUGUAGAAUAUAAGUUGAAUUGUUAAAUGUAGCAUAUGGUAUAGCUUAAUUUAACAUCCAUGAAUAUAAAUAUUGCAUUUGUUUUAUGUUACCUGAAGACCAAUGUUGAAAAGAAACAGGUUUUCUUGCCGAUAUAGAAUGUACACCCAAAUCAUCACACAUAGAACAAAAUGUUUGGGUAACACACUUUUUUCCCCAGGUUCAGGGUUGAGUUUUUACUCUAUAUUCUUUAUGGUUAUAUUUGAAAAAAGCAGAUUUAUACAUGUCUACCCUUUUUAAAAAAAGCAAUUAUAGAGAUAAUCAGAGAGAGAGAGAGAGAGAGAUUCCUAUAUAAACCACUUAGCAUGCCAGCGGUAUAAUUUAUGAGACUGAUAUGGGUAGAAAGCCUUUUAAUAUCUGUGGUAGUGGGCAUACAGUUCCAUUUCCUCCUGAGGCUGCUGUGGCUCCUUAGACAAUUUUAGCUGUACAAACAGCCUCACUUCUGUUUCAGUUUAGUGAAAGAUGUAAAAUAGGCAAAGAUGUCUUAGAAACGAUAAUGAAAGGAAUAUCCAGGGCUCCUCCUUUUGAAUGGGAGCAUGGUUGGGGAACAACAGCAAAAGGAAAGGUAUGAUGGAUCUGGGCUACAAAAAUAACCAAGAUGAAAUUUAGAGAAAGUAAAGGGGGACUUAUUGGCCCCAUUCAGAAGACAUCUUAAACCAUAGCUUUAACCAUGGUGGUUAAGCCAGAAAGCCAGGCUGUGUUCAGAAGACACCUUAAACCACAGCUUUAACCACAGUGAAUAAAGCAAAAAGUCUUAUUAGCCAUGGUUAAAGCCAUGGUUUAAGGUGUCUUCUGAACACGACCUGGUUUUCUGGCUUAACCACCAUGGGUAAAGCCAUGGUUUAAGGUGUCUUCUGAACAGACCCUGUAUGUUAUUUCUUAGCGAGGGCCAUAUAUUCAUGAAAUGGUUAAACAGCUUUUUUUAAUUUUAAAAUGGUUUAAAAUUGCACAAGGUUCUUUGUUGCUGGGAUUUAGGUGGAGAAAUAUAUCUAUAUAUUUAAUGUACAGUGAGUAUUAUAUCUGGGAUUUCAUUAUAUAAUAUAAAACCCAUAUAAAGCAUGUGUUGGUAACUAUGGUCAAUUUCAUCGAACUGGGAUUUGAUAAAUGCUCCAAGAAUUAUGGCACAAUCUAGGGGAAAUUUCUACCAAGACCAGCUCCACUGGAACAAGUGGGAGUUGUGCAAGGCUGCCGUUGUACACUUUUAAGGCUCCCUAUUGUUUCAGUGGGACAUAGGAAACAUUCCUGCUUAAUUUUGUCCUUUAUGGGAAAGUGCUCCGAAAAAAGAAAGGAAAUAAAAAUAUAAGGUUCUUGUUGCUUGCUGUGGCCUUGCCAGGAGAUAACAAUAAAGAUUAUUCAGCAGUAGAAACUUUGCUGUAACCAAUUCUAGGGUAGUUAGAGGGAAAGAUGUCUUGAGAAAACCUUGUGGCUUAAUGUUGAAUACAGCACAAUACUGUAUUUUUCUCUAGCUUUAAAGUAAAAUAGUACAGGGUUAAAAGGUUAAUAAGAGCCUUGUGGUCCCAGCAGCUUCCUAAUUAAAGAGAAAACUAAACUGUCCAGGAUGCUUCAUCAAAGCCAAAAGGGAUAAUUCUAGGUCAAUUCUAUAUUUUUCCCUACAUCUUAAUUUCUUGUGUAACUGCUCAGUCUCUUGCUUCUCAGCUAUGUGAUGUCCUCUCUAGUUUUAUUAGUAAGAGAGAACUGCUUUGUGUUGCACCCUAAAUACUGAAAGAGCUGAUGGGCCAAUCAUCCAUUAGAUGGAAAAGUGCCAUUUCAGUCAGCUGUGUGGUACAGUGCUUUUCUCUCUAGACCAAUCCCCAUCUAAAAUUCCUCAGUGACAAAACAUGCAAUUAUGGUCACCCAUGAGUGUAUAUAAUAAUUUAUAGCAGGUUAAAAUAUAUCAUUAAUUCUUUAAACUUGCAAGUUGUGCAUUUGUUAUAUUUUUUGAUUGGGGCGGUGAAGAAUCAGUAUGAUGUGUACAUGAUUUUUUUUUUUGUAAUGGAAAAUAAUAAACCCA